AUGUCUAAGCGAAAGGUCAAUUCGAACAAGGAAGGUCAAGAAGUUGUCAAUUUACUAACAACUGAAAGCCAAACGAACACGAUCAACGAGAAGAAUACGGAAUCAACCUCUGAUGAGCAGGCAAAUGCCAACAACAUUGGGUCCAACAUUAACUCGAACAAACAGGUUAAUACCAACAAUGUUCAGAGCGACGAAAUUGAUAAAGAAACAACCAAUAAAGACUCAGGACAACCUUCUUUAGAUAAAAAUCAACCGUCUUCUUCAUCUAUCGCAGAAUCAAAUCUAAACAAAGAUAAUCAACCAUCAACUGUAAUCGAUUUGGUACAGAACGAUUCAAAAUCAAUUGGAAAUACCGUCGAGAACUUAAAAAGCGGGAAAGGAAGAAUUCAACUAGAUGAUUCUUAUACUCAAUUGUUAGGUAGUGAACCACAAGCCAAGGCUCCAGGUGCUGCCUUAACGCCUUCGAUAGUGAUCACGCAACAAAUGAAAGAUCUUGAUGUAACAAUGGAGAAAGCUACAGCAGCAGUGUUAGCCGGCAAGAAAGAAGAAGCGGCAUUCUAUUUCAGACUCCAUGAACAAAUGAAAUCGAUACCAACGAAAUCUCCACCUAAUCUAAUUAUUCAAAAAGAUGUAAUUAAUUUAGACAAAGAUAAACUGAAACCAUCUUCAGCUGCCAAAUCUAUCGCUUCUACGAAGAUAAUAGAAAAUGGAUUCACUUUCAGAGAAGGCGCAACCACCAACACAGAUAGCAACGUAGGAUUGACUCCCUUCUUCGAGAAAAAUAUCAACGAAUUAAGGCUACCAGUACCUCUUACAAUCUUUAACGACGAGUGGCAAGAAGAAGCGUGGCAAUACCACGCAGAGAAAAGAGUUAGAAGCGACGAAACGUCCAAAGCUCAAAAUCUUUACUCAGGACAUCCUUACCCACAUGAAUUUUCUCAAUCUUACAUGAUAUGGAACAUCAACUAUCAAAAUUUCAUCAAAACCAUACGUAAUAAAUUCAAAUUUGUUACAUUAGCAGAUUGGUUAGUCAUACACAAAGAUAAUGUAGAAGAUUUAAGACAAACGGAGUGUUGGAUGGUUGCCUUCAGAUAUGAUAUAAAGAUGAGAUCUUUGUUAUUUACUGAAAAAGUCACUUAUGAAGAUGGAACGACUGGACCGAUAGAUAUUUCAAAGUUCAGAAGAGACAUAAAAGAAAUUUGUUUUGCUAAAUCAAGGAAGUGUGACGAAUUAAGUUUUACAGACAACCCGUAUGCUGAAGGAGGAGAAAGGUUUGAAUGGGACCACAACACAGGUAACCCCAAGAAACAAAACUUAUCAAGGAACUCCUCUUACAAUAGUAACUCAGGCUACAACUCUAAUCAAUCGAAUCAAAAACGUAAUCAUCAUAACGUCAACAAUAAUCAGAUCGGUAAUAACCAAAACGUCUCUCCUAAUCCGUCGGGUAGUACUUUUACCCAUCCUGAAGGGAAGAAGAGGAAAGGUUAUGCUGGAAACAACUUUGACCCGAACUACGUGAGGAAAGAGAAAGGUGGAACUGCCCCAGUUUCAAGUACAAGCAAAACGUAG